AUGGAACCAAUUGUCAAUGCAAAUAAUGCAGUCAAUGUUGCACAGCAGUUCAACCCUAGGCUUUACGGCAAUGAGAGAGCCCUCUCCGUAGCGGUUGGUGAAGAUGCGGAGACCUCGGUAUACGACGAAAGAUUCACCCAAGCCGGUGAAGCUUUGAGCACGACAAGUGCAACUCCCUCUGCAAGUCUUCAACAAUAUGAUCCGCUCUUCGAAUCGAGAGAGUCUUUCUCUUGGAAUCAAUUUCUUGAGACCCCGCCCACAGCACGUCCUCGAGGUGCCGCGCCUAUGGAACCACCCAUAUGUCCUGAACUACUUGGGUCAACAUCUAAGACUCAUGCGGACGAUUUGAUACCUGCCGACUUUCUCAACGCUCUCGUGAGGGCCAACGCCGGGAUGGACUCACGUGAAGAGGCCAUCAUUCCACAGACCCCGGUCUCUCAUCCUCAUCAGAACACCUUUAUUGUUCGGUCAGAAAUGCACAAUGAUGUUCUCUGCACCACCGCUCCGCCUGCCCAACAGGGAGACGUCGGGCCUCUACCUGGUGUUCGAUCUUCUCUUCGAAAUCGUCAAUCUAUCCCUGAGUGCAGCACCUACCUCUGUAAGUGGUCUGGCUGUAAUCAAUCCUUUGACGAUGUGAUGCUUUUACGUUUCCAUGUAACAGAAACACAUGUGAGGAGGGGUUCAUCAGUUACUCUCAAAUGCGCCUGGGAUUAUUGCGGAAAAGUGUACAAAAAACGUGAUAAUAUCACUUCUCACCUGCAUACCCAUAUACCCUAUUUCGAGCAUGAUUGCGACUACUGCGGUCGUAAAUGGCAGCGGCGUCAUGAUUUGACUAAACACAUUAAGCAAUCACAUGCGCCCGUUGUGUUGGGCAGUCAUAAGUAUUGGCCUGUUAAGCGUUUCGUAGGAUUAUACAGUGACAGAUCGAUUGCCGUGACGGAGAUGGGUUCUUUCCCGCAACCGGCGCCUCUGGAUGUCUUGCCCGAAGGAAAGCUGCAUUACAUCAAGAUCGAAGAGGAGUCGUUACCUACCAACCGAGGUCCAUUCAUAGCAUCCGACUUUUCCAACCAAAUUUCUUCUGCGACUCAAAACGUAGCAAACAGACCGGCAGAGCAAGGAAGAUCAGCAUUUGUCAAAUUUCAUUACUCACAAGUGGCCAAAAAUCAAAACGCAAGUGAAGUUGCAGCGGACAAAAAUUUAGCUAUCCUUGAGCCUAACUUUAAUCCCGCUAAUACCGAUCCUUCGAGCUGUUCCUUGGGGACUGGGAGUCAGAAGACUGUUCUAAACCCUCAAACCUCUCCAACCAAUAAUCCCGGCGAGAAUCAACCUAGCGUGAUGAAACCUCCAUCCUCCUCCGAGAAUUCAACACACUUCACUGGACCAACGCACGUGUUGAGGAGCAAAAGAAAGACUCCAUUCCACGACAUCAACCCGGCUCCUAAGCGGCAUCAACCCGGAGUGCUAUCACUCCCGACACAGCGCAGAGACAGGCCCAUCGACAAGUCACUCACGCCCCUGGCACCUUUGCCUCUCCCAAUUCCUCCCCCACUCAAGCAUGUCGCUCAUUCGGAACCUCCAAGAGAACAAAUCACCCCUCAAGUUAAUGCUGGCGCGAACUCGGAGUCGGGUUAUAAGGUUUUUUGA